AGUGCAAAAAAAAAAAAAAAGGGAAUAGAAAAAGGUAAAAGAAAAGGAGAUAAAUCCCAUUACUUUGUCGAAUUUGAUCUCGUGCUGUUCGUAUCUUUAAGCUUUGAAUCCUUCCCUUUUGUCCUCUGUCGCAACCUCUGAUCGAUCAGAACAAAGCCCUUUUUUCAUCUUCUUUUUCUGAAUCUAAUGGAGAAAGAUAAACAAAGGUGGAGUUAGAUAAAAGAGAAGCGAGAAACCAGAAAGCAAAGGAAAACAAAAAGCAGAUUGUCUUUCUUCUGAGCUUCAUUUCUUCUUCUUUUUCUCCUUUCGGAGUGCACUGGAAAAUGGGCACUGGUUGGAGAAGAGCCUUUUGCACUACAAUCCCUAGAGAACCAGAAAACACUGUUUUAGACAAGCAGCAGCAACAGAGUCCUUGUCCCAGCCCUAGUCCUAGGAAUUGUGCUAAGCUAAGCUUUUUUUCUACCGGAAGUAACCCUUCGACUCCUCGUUUUCAAUCUCAACCAGUUUCUAGCCCCCGUCUCCGUUGCCGGACUACUUUUGAACCGUCUUCCACAAGCGAAAGCCCCACCCUCCACUGCAAAUCCACCCCUAGAGCAGCCACAAAAAGUCCUAAACCAAUUCUCUCAUCAAAUCCUUCCUCUCCUCUUUCCCCUCUCAAGCUCUCACUUUUCCGCAACAGCUUCAAGUUCAGAAGUAGUUGUGGAAUCUGUUUGAACAGCGUGAAGACAGGUCAAGGAACAGCCAUUUACACAGCUGAAUGUGCUCAUGCCUUUCAUUUCCCAUGCAUAGCUGCUCAUGUUCGUAAACAUGAUUCCCUCAUUUGCCCUGUUUGUAAUACAACCUGGAAAGAUGUUCCUCUUCUCUCCAUUCACAGAAACUCAACUCCUCAAAAUGACACCGUUCUGAUUGAAAACACCACUCCCAGAAUUGAAGAUAAAAAGAUCAUGGAAUCUUGUUCACCGAGAAUUGUUCAUCAGCCGGAACCAAAACCGAAACCCAAAGUCAGAACAUCUGAUUUAAGAUCCUACGAUGACGAUGAGCCAUUGCUUUCCCCAACGACCGGUGCUCGUUUUAUUCCCAUUCCAGAAGCUGAUGAAAACAUCGAACAAGAGGAAUAUGACGACGUCGAGGAGUUCCAGGGGUUCUUCGUUAAUCCGAACUCUUCACCCACCGUCAAAUCUGAUGACGUACUUCCAUUCAACGGUCGUGAUUUGAGGAAUGUCCAGGCAAGAUUGUCUCCCGAAGCGGCGGUCAUUUCGGUGGGCCAUGGAUACGAAACUUGCGCCGUGGCUUUAAAAAUCAAGGCCCCACCUCCCCCUGCAAAAAUGUUAGCUUCUUCGAGGAAUUGUAGCAGUUCGACGUCGCUUUUGGAGCCUUCCCAUCGUGCGCCCAUCGAUUUGGUUACGGUUCUUGAUGCGAGUGGAGGCAUGAUUGGUGCUAAACUCCAGAUGUUGAAACUCGCCAUGCGUUUAGUCAUUUCCUCGCUCGGCUCGGGUGAUAGGCUUUCAAUCGUGGCUUUCUCGGCUACUCCAAAACGGUUAUUGCCUCUGCGGAGAAUGACGGCUCAGGGUCAAAAGGCUGCUCGGCGUAUUAUUGACCGCCUCGCUUGCGGUCAAGGGACUAGCCUUGGCGAUGCGUUGAGAAAAGCAACCAAAGUGCUCGAGGAUCGGAGGGAGAGGAAUCCAGUUGCUAGCAUUAUGUUGUUAUCCGACGGUCAAGAUGAAAGAGUAAAAUCCAAUGCUUCCAGUCAACGCCAUCAUUCAAGCCACGCACCGUCCACCCGUUUCGCUCAUAUUGAAAUCCCGGUUCACGCGUUCGGGUUCGGGCAAAGCGGCGGGUAUAAUAGUCACGAGCCAGCUGAGGACGCGUUUGCUAAAUGCGUUGGUGGGUUACUGAGCGUUGUGGUCCAAGAUUUGAGAAUCCAGCUCAGCUGCGCAUCUGGCUCAGCACCAGCUGAAAUAACAGCCGUUUAUUCAUGUAGUGGAAAACCUACUGUUAUAACUUCCAGCUCCUUGUUCCUCGGCGAUUUAUACGCCGAGGAAGAAAGGGAAUUACUCGUGGAACUGAAAGUUCCGACUUCUGCGGUUGGAUCCAAUCACGUGAUGUGCGUUCGUUGUCUUUACAAGGAUCCAGCCACACAAGAAGUCGUAUACGGCAGAGAUCAAGCGCUUCUAGUACCUGGGCCCAAUGACGUUCGAUUAUUGGCUCCUAAAAUCGAACUGUUGAGAUUCUUCUUCAUCACGACUCGAGCCGUUGCCGAAGCGAGAAGGCUGAUCGAGUGCAGCAACGACUUGAGGAGCGCUUACCAUUUGUUGGGCUCGGCCCGAGCCUUGUUAAUACAGUCGAAUUCAUUGUCGGCCGAUGAAUAUGUCAGGAGUUUGGAUGCUGAGUUGGCAGAAUUACACUGGAGGAAACAGAAGAUGAUGGAAAUCCAACGGCGAAGGGUGAAUGAAAGGGAAAGGGAGAGAGAAAGGGAGACGGUGGCUGUGGUGAUGGAUGAAAACGGCGAGCCAGUUACGCUGUCAUCGGCUUGGAGAGCGGCUGAGAAGUUGGCUAAAGUUGCAGUGAUGAAGAAGUCGUUGACUAGAGUAGGCGAUUUACACGGCUUCGAAAAUGCUAGAUUUUAGUUUUUUCCCCCUUAUAAAAAUUAUUAAGAAAGAGAGAAGAUUCUAGUUAUAUUAUGAAAAGGGGGUGGGGGAAGGUGGUGGUAGCCGACGGCGCGGGUAGUUCAUCCAUGAACUAUAAUCUAAAAUUCAAGCAUUUGAUUGAUGGAGAAGGUUGUAUUUGAAGUGUAGGGAUCCUUUUUGAUUCAUCAUCAGUCAUUAUCAACUCACAAAGUUGUAAAUGUUAGUGUAAUUGGGUUUCUACGUGACAUGGGAUUUUAAUCC